UUCCUCAUUGAUGGUAGCGGUCCAGAUUCAGAAACAACUACUUACUUCCGCAUUUUAUCACAAUUAAUCUGGUUCGAUGAGAUGCACAGACUCAUUGUAAACAAUGACGAUAAUUAAAGGACUGGUCAGUCGACAAUGACAGUUCACAGGGAAAUGAUGGCGGUGGAACAGGACUCCAAAACCAGACUAUCUGUCUUCUCUAAGAUGGAGAAGAUGAUAGUUGCCAUGGCAAAGUCAGACAAUGAUGGAAUUGUUAUGAGGACAAAGAAAAAUCUAUUUAGUGACCAAAUUCAAUCCUUUUCAGGCUGUGAUAUAGUGGACUGGUUAAAGAGAAAAUACAAUAUAUCGGAUGUCAAAGAAGCAUGUUACCUAGCAACCAAUUUAUGUCAAUAUGGCUAUAUUUACCCAAUAGACUUUAAACUUUCAAGUUACAUUGUGAAAUAUGACAGGUCUGCAGAAUAUAGGUUCCAGGCUCCAUAUUUCUGGCCAUUCCGUAAAGAUGGGACUGCAGAUAGCAUCAAAUAUGCAAUCUAUCUACAGAAAAGAAGUUUAAGAAAUAAACAGAAACAUGGAUUAGAACCAUAUGAACAGGAGGCAUUUGAUAAACUACUGAAGGUGUUUGCCGAUAAGAAAGAAUUUAUAGAGAAGCAAGCAAAAGAACAAGUCAGUGAAGCAAAGAGGCAGCGAAGGACAGAGAAGGUGUUGUUGGACCUUCAGGAGAAGGCAUUUUGGAGAGUUCAUCGACCUCCGCCUGGUUGUAUAAAGACAAUGGAAGAGGGACCAAAGAGAUAUUUCCAGCCGAGUCAGAUGGCAGCAAGGCGAAGAAAGAACAAAGAAUCAUAUAAAGCUGAGAUUAAGUUUCUUCAGAGAGCCUUAGAGAAACCCAAGCCAAAACUCUCAAAAGUCCUUGAAAGUUAUGUGACCUGGAAUGAGCAGUACCAGGAAUAUGAUCCAUUUCUGGAUCAGAGUGCAGCGCUUCCAUCCAAUCCCUGGAUCUCAGAUGACACACUAUUCUGGGAAGCCAAUGACACGCUGGUAAAGAUUCCAACAGAAUUAAGAGUCAAGAAAUGGGGGAUUAGUUUCUACAACUUGAUCAAGGAUGAGCAGGGGUUGACAGAGUUUGAGAACUUUCUACAUACGGAGUACAGCCAGGAAAACAUCAGGUUCUGGAAGGAAGUGGAGGAUAUGAAGUAUGGACCUCGAUCGCUGGUUGUGGCCUCUGUGGACAAAAUCUACAGAGAAUAUUUAGCUAAAGGGGCACCAAAAGAAAUAAAUAUAGACAGCAAAACUUUAGAAACAGUAAACAAAAAUAGAGAGAAGUUGCAUGGAAAACCAGAUGCUUUAAGGUAUAUAUUUGAUCCUGCCCAGGAACAUAUAUAUUUACUAAUGAAGAAAGAUAGUUACCCCAGAUUCCUGAGAUCUGACCAGUACCUAACCUUGAAAGAGACUGCCCAUAAUCAGCCAAUAAAGAAAAGGUUCUUUGGAUUUGGGAGUGGAAAAACACAGAUUAAGAGACAAACCCCAAGUCCCAAGUUACCCCGCCGCAGCACGUCCAGCGAAAGAGAGGCCAACUCUGAUGUCAGCGGGGAUUCCCCCAUUCAUUCCAUUACACCAAUGCAUUCCUACAGCACGGGGAACUUAAAGGACAUGGAUAUAAAACAAACCCCCACAUCCUCAAGCCUAAGAAUUAAACCGACAUAUGUUCAAGCAACCCCACCUGUUGUUCGUGGACUCUCCCCAGGGCAAACCAGAAGGCGGUCUGACGAACCCAGCCGCACAAGAUCAAUGAAUAUUGGUGACCCACGACGAAAGAGCAACUUGGAAGUUCCUCGUUCAUUUCCGAUCUCUACAGAUAAACGAAAGUCUGAUGCUGCAACACUGCUUAGUCUGAAUGUCCCAGCCAAGAACAAUAGCAUUGCACCCUGGGAAGGGGAGGACCAGUAAAUGACCAAUUUACAGAAAUGUGUUACAAAAAUAAUGUUGGACAUGUUCUAUAGUUCUAGCUGUUAUUUGCAUAUCAGUGCAUUAGAGAGUUUACUUAUAGAACUAUUUUGUUUUGUUUUUUUUUUUUGUAGACAAUCAUAUUUUUUCAAGUGACAUUCAAAAUGUGAAAUAGUAUUAGUGCAAUUGCACAAGACCUUUUUGUUUCCCCCCACUAUCUGGUCUUAUUGUGUGAUAUAUAUAUAGACAUUAUUUUUCCACAGCUCAAAACCAUCUCUCCGAUAAAGAUAUUUUUCGCCUUUUUAUUUUGUAUACAUGUUUUUAGGUGCUAACUUUUAUUAUCUGCUUAUCCCCCUAGUGCUUUGAAUUCCAGUACUAUGUUAUGUUUGAAAGUGAAUGUUUCUUAUGAUACAGUCAAACCUGUAUUAAACCUAACCACUGGGAGAAAUCUGAAAGGUUUAUAUAUGUACACAAUCAUCAUUAAAGGAUUUUGCAUACUGUAACCAUGUUCCACAAAUUUGGGAAGGUACUACUCAGUGAAAAUGAAUGUGUGAUUUACACAUAUUAAUUUUUCAAAUAUUAAAAUAUGUAGUACAUGGACUAAUAACUCAGCUUCUAAUUACUUAAAGGUUUUACUGACCACUCUCUGAAGGACUGGGGUAAAUUACUUUUCAGUGUUGGGUAAAAAAAUGAAUAAAGAUCAUCAACUGACAUAAAAAAUUUCAUUUGAUGAAUUUUAGCUUAAUUUUUAUGUAAGGUUAGCAGAAAAGGUUUCUGCUUGAAAAAUUGUACUUUUGUACAGAAAAAAACUGGGGUUUGUUUUUCUUUCUUUUUUUUUUUUAAGUAUUAAACAAUCUCCAAGCCAAAAAUCAGACUUUAUGAAGAUGAGUGCAACAGUCCUCAAUAGAAAAUUUAAAUUUAUAAUAGUAAUAACUUAGUUAAAGUACUUAAAGAUUUAUAAAUGACUUCAAAAUUGUGGUUUAUUCAUACAAUGAAACAGUAAAUGCUAAGAAAUUCAUACGUUUUCAGUAUUAAACUGAAAAACUGCUGAAGACUUGGAUUGGGACAGAAUAACUGGGGCAGGUUUGGUUGUAGUAAAUCUGUACUGUGUACAUUUUCAUACGUACUUAAUUUCCUGAAGUAAAUCUUUAGUAUUCAUAUGCUUCUCACAGUAAAAUGGCGUAGGGUAAUUUUUAUUACAUUUCAAACAAUUUAUUCCUUUUUUUUUUCUCUCAGGUAAACUUUCAUGACCUUUUUCCAAAUGUACUUAAUUUCUUCAUGCCAAAAGAAAAGGAUAUUAAAACAGUAUUUAAUCCCACAACUUCAUAUUCACUGCUGUGUUUUUUACAUAUAAGAAUGAACAAAAUGAUUAAAGGUAUGGUAUGACAUCAGAAUGGGCACAAAUAUUGAAUUUGAUCCUCUCUCUGAGAAAUUUUUUUAACGUGGGUUAUCUGUACAUCAGUAAAGAUUUCCAAAAAGUUGUUACUAGAGAAAUAUGGAAAUGUUUCAUUGUGAUUUUUUUUAGGUGUGUUGUGUUACGUUAAACUCUACAUUCCAUUCUGUAUUUGUUAGUUGUUUAUUAAGACAAGAAAUAUUGUACACAGAUUGCUGUGCAAGUGAAGUUUUUAUUGGAUGGGUAAUUUUCAGAGAGAGAGAGACAUAAUUCCAGAAGUAUUUUAGAACAGUUGAAAUAUUUAUGUUCAAUUUUAGCACAUUUUUCUUCAAUUAGAGUGAACUAUAAUGGAUUUUUCACUCACAUUAGUCUCUGUUGAUGUUAGUUAUGCUUCAUAAAUCUGGUUAUUAAAAAUAAUGAGUUUAUAUAGAUAAAGCAAGUGAAGAAAUCUAGAUUAAAAAAUAAAUGUUUUAACUUUUGUCCAUAUGUGUAAGUUUUUACUUAAUACCAUUAUCUUUUUUUACAUUCCUAAUACAACAAUUGAUUUCCAAAAUCUAUAAAGAUCCCAAUCUUUUAAUUAUUGUUUGAUCUGAUGCUUUUAAUAAAAUUAUUAUAAAGGAAGGGCACAAUGUACCCUUGUUCAUAAAUAAAUGUUUCACACAAUUUGAAAUUUUAUCCUCUGUAUGUAGCUAACAUUGAGCAUUGGUAGCAUAUAUCAUCUUUUUCUACUUUUUUUUUUAUAGAGUUCUCAACAAAUUAAUCUCUCAAAACUUUUCAACAUUAAGAUAAUCAAGGUAGAGAAGUAACAAGAUUUACCUGCCCUUAGCAACACAGUUUUGAAAAACCAUGAAAAUUACCAGUAUGUUUAUUAAGACAUCCAGCAGAACAUAAUAUGAAGUAAAAGUGAUAGAUAUUGGUCAAAGUACCUGUAUAUUGUUCUUUCUUUACGAGAAUACAAGCUACAAACUACUGCAAGUUGUCGGAAUAUCAUGACUAGUUUUGUUAUAAACGGAAUCAGUGUGUAAAAUCUAAUACAUUCUUGAAACAGAUCUUGAUUUUUUAUAUGACUGUAUACAUCAUUUUAAUUAUGCCAAAUUAAAUAUGCAUGGCCGUUAAAUUUAUAAUUUCAUUCAUAUUGUACUUGAAAAGAACUGUCAGGUUGAUAAACAUACAUGUUCAUUCUGGAAAAUAAUUCCUGACCACCAUUGCUAAUACAGUGCAAUCUAAUACAUGUAUAUUCUAUGCCCUUUUCAGUCCUGAUGUAUAUUUGUAUAUGUUUAUACAUAUUUAACCUGUCUAGUCUUAUAUAUAUAUAUAUAUAUUUUGUCAAAUCCAAAUAUAUCCACCAUGUACUUAACAUUUCCCGAUAUUUUAUAUAUAUACAUAAUUUUGUGUUCACUAAACCAAUCAUAUACCAAGUUGUGGUAUCACAUGUAUGUUAUUGUAUAAUAUCACACGUAUUCGCACCAAUGUGCGUAGGGUUUAUUAUAUUGUUGGUUGAGAUGCACUAAUGUGCAUGAUGUGUUUACAGAGUUGUUGAGGUAUUUGUGUACUAAUACUUAACUAGUACUAGUACUACAUGUAAUACUAGGUGCAAUAUUCUUCUAGUCAGUUACUGUAUCAAGUAAUUAAGCUUUGUAUGGAUAUCAGACAUGUUAAAAUUUAAGAAAAAAUAUUUAGAGAAUUUAUUCAUAGGUAGAUAAAAACUUUAAGAGAUAAAUUUUCUAAUAAUGUAGAACUUUUUUUUAAUUUACUUCAAACUUAAAAAUUUGUAAAUGUAUCAGAAUUGCAUGUAUAUUAAAAUGUUCAAGUUUUGUUUUUUCCCCAAUUAGUUUAAAACCUUUAUUGUUAAAGGUUUUAGAGAAUAUACACACAUAUAUAUAAUAAAUCCACUACUUUGAAUAUGAGAGUGAUGGAGAGGGGAAAACUUGAUUAAAGACAUUAGCCUAACUUUAUGUUGUACUCUUGAUGAAACUGCUUAGCUUUAUGUAUAUUUAUGGUAUAUAUAUAAACUAAAAUGUAUUAACAGGAAUAAAAUUCCACUGUUUUCAUGUACUAUAGAAAAAAAAUGCACUUUAAUGAAUUUUUUUAAACAAAAAAAAAACUGCAAUAUCAAGAAGAUUCUUUUAACCAUUAAUUGAAUUGUUUUAGAAUUGCUUUAUACUCAUAUUAAAACAAGUGAGGAAACCUU